AUGGAUUUGGGGGCAGAGCAGCACGGCUGCGAGCAUUACACGAGGAGGUGCAGGAUACGGGCGCCCUGCUGUGGCGAGGUCUUCGGCUGCCGGCAUUGCCAUAACCAAGCUAAGAAUUCGCUGGAGGUGGACCUCCUCGACCGGCACGAGAUCCCCCGCCACGAAAUCAGCAAGGUUAUCUGCUCUCUCUGCAACAAAGAACAGGAUGUGCAACAGAACUGCUCCGGUUGUGGGGCAUGCAUGGGAAAAUACUUCUGUGAAAAAUGCAACUUCUUUGACGAUGAUAUCUCAAAGAAGCAGUACCACUGCGAUGGAUGCGGCAUCUGCAGAACUGGCGGCAUGGACAAUUUCUUCCACUGCGAAAAAUGCGGGUGUUGCUACAGCAAUGUUUUGAAGGACUCUCAUCAUUGUGUGGAACGAGCAAUGCAUCACAACUGCCCUGUCUGCUUCGAGUAUCUAUUUGACUCGACCAUGGACAUCAGCGUACUGCACUGCGGGCACACGAUCCAUUUGGAAUGCCUGAACGAGAUGAGGGUUCAUCACCACUUCGCGUGCCCGGUCUGCUCACGGUCGGCCUGCGACAUGACGGAUGCAUGGCAGAAGCUCGACCAGGAGGUCGCCGCCACGCCCAUGCCAGAGUUCUACCAGAAGAAGAUGGUAAGCAACUUUAAUAAGAUGGCCGCAUGCAUCGUUCUGAUGAAGAGGCCGGGGGUAUGGAUCCUUUGCAACGACUGCGGGGCGACGUCGAGCGUGCGCUUCCAUGUCCUGGCGCAAAAGUGUCCUGGGUGCAGCUCCUACAACACCAGGGAGACGAGGGGCGGCCCGGCUACAGCGGCGUGCUCCAGAGUCUGA